GCUCGGCCUCUCACAGCAGGCGUACGUAGCAGCGUCUGCUUGCUUAUUCUUCCUAGCGUGGGUUCUUGGUUUGCUGGGGAAACGAGAGGAACGGCCAGAGCAGUGUGGUUGGCCCUGGCUGAGAGGAAUCCCAGGAAGGCUGUGGAAUUCUUGGAAGAGAAGACUGGAUGCAGUUCUGAGAUGGCUGAGGGAAAACAAUCUGGAAAAUUUGGAAGCUCUGUGGGAUGGGAAGCCAGUUAAUCUGGACAGUGGUGUGGAACCAGCCCUGGUUGGGGUUAUACUCCUCCUGAAGGACCAGGUCUUACCAUACUGAGGAGCAAUGGACGACUACACAAAAAUAGAAAAAAUUGGUGAAGGUACAUAUGGUGUUGUUUACAAAGGCAAACACAAAGCUACAGGCCAAGUGGUGGCCAUGAAGAAAAUUCGGUUAGAAAGUGACGAAGAAGGUGUUCCCAGUACCGCAAUCAGAGAGGUUUCCUUGUUAAAAGAGCUACAUCACCCCAAUAUUGUCUGUCUUCAGGAUGUGCUUAUGCAAGAUUCAAGACUUUACCUUAUCUUUGAAUUUCUUUCUAUGGAUCUCAAGAAAUACUUGGAUUCUAUCCCAUCUGGACAGUAUUUAGACCAUAUGCUUGUUAAGAGUUACUUGUACCAAAUCUUGCAAGGUAUUGUGUUCUGUCAUUCAAGAAGAGUCCUGCACAGAGACUUGAAGCCUCAGAACUUGUUAAUCGAUGACAAUGGAGUAAUUAAGCUAGCUGACUUUGGGUUGGCUCGAGCUUUUGGCAUCCCUGUGCGAGUUUACACACAUGAGGUAGUAACUCUGUGGUACAGAUCUCCAGAAGUGCUGCUAGGUUCUGCACGUUACUCUACACCCGUUGAUAUAUGGAGCAUAGGGACAAUAUUUGCUGAAAUGGCAACGAAGAAGCCACUCUUUCAUGGAGAUUCAGAAAUUGAUCAGUUGUUCAGGAUCUUCAGAGCUUUGGGGACGCCCAACAAUGAAGUGUGGCCUGAAGUAGAAUCCUUGCAGGAUUACAAGAACACUUUUCCCAAGUGGAAACCAAGCAGUCUAGCCUCUCAUGUGAAAAACCUGGAUGAUGAUGGACUAGACCUUCUUUCGAAAAUGCUGAUCUAUGAUCCAGCAAAAAGACUUUCUGGCCGCAUGGCCCUGAAUCAUCCGUACUUUGACGACUUGGACAAAUCCAAACUUCCAGUUAAUCGGAUCAAGAAAUGCUAGCUGUCCUAAAACAACCUGAGCGUGGUUGGAGCAAAAAUGCUGAAACUUGUGAUCUUUUUUUUCCCAUCAAAGUUUUUCAGUCUCCCUGUUUUUAUAUGUGUCUGUUUUGUCCUAUUCUAAAACUGUAGCCCUGUCUAGAGUGCUCUGGUUUAAAUCUUUCUUGAAUGUAAAUAUCACUUCCCAAUAAAGCUGUAAACUGUUAAAUGAAGCCCACUAUUAUAUAAAUAAUAAAAACUUGAAAUCUGG